AAAUUGGCAUGUGAAUAAUUGGAAUUGGAUGAGAAGAGUCAUUGUGGGUUGUUCAUUCCACUGUGACAACCUAGGAAGGAGUCUGGACUAGCGGUGACAACAACCAUGGCUGAACCAUCUCACUCCGAUGACCUCAACCAACUCCUCGACAGUGCUUUGGAUGAUUUCCAGAACUUCAACCUUUCUUCUUCUUCUUCUUCUUCUUCCAAACCAAGGACUGGGCAACCGAAGGAUGAGGAGACUUCUCCUCUGCCCUCGGAGGUUCAAGGACUGGGCAUGGGUCUACCCGAUUUGAGAAUCAAGAAAAAGGGUAAACAGAAGGUUUCUAAAGAUACCCAUGUCUCUGAAGCCCUCAACAAGCUCAGGGAGCAGACUAGAGAGGCUGUUAAGGGCCUCGAAUCCAUGGCGCAACCUGCUGAUGAUUUGGGUAAGGAUGCUAUGAUGGAGGAUUGGGUUAAACAGUUUGAGGACCUUGCUGGCUCUCAGGACAUGGAAUCUAUUGUGGAGACCAUGAUGCAGCAACUUCUGUCCAAGGAGAUUCUUCAUGAACCGAUGAAGGAAAUAGAAGAAAAAUAUCCAAAGUGGUUGGAAGAGCAUAAAACCAGCCUAAGCAAUGAAGAUUAUGACCGGUAUAUGCACCAGUACAAACUGAUACAAAAUCUUAAUGAAGUUUAUGAAAAGGAUUCUGGAAACUUCAAAAAGAUUGUUGAGCUCAUGCAGAAAAUGCAAGAAUGUGGACAACCACCAAAUGAUAUUGUCCAGGAGCUUGCGCCUGAUCUUGAUUUAGCCAGCCUUGGCCAGUUAUCUCCAGAUAUGCUGGACUCUCAAACAAAAUGUUGUAUAAUGUGAAGCUAUUUCUUCCCUCUUACUAUGUGGCAGCUGCUGGUUUGAAGAUUCAUAGGAACAUUUGUUUUUUACUUGUCAGAAUAAAUUAUUUUUACGAGCUCUUAUUGUUCUUUUCCUACUUACUAGUUACUAUAAGGUUGUUAAUGAUGAACCCACACUUCAAGGCUCCCUUUAAGGUUGUAUAUGAUGUGAGGGUUAGUUUAUUGACUUUAUUUAGAUUUUCUGAGAGCUAUGAUAGUACCAGUUGCAAACGAAAUUUGCUCUCUGAUUAUUUGACAGUCAUUUCCCAUUUAUUCUCGAAAUCCUUGAAUUUGAUGCC